AUGCUCAUAAGUACAAUGAAAGUCUUAGUCGCUUUAGGUCUCAGUUUAAUGUUCACCAUUUCUCUGCUGAAAUUGACAAUCAUCUUUUGGCACACCUAUCCCUCGUUGAUGGAAUAUGGCUUUGGCAGUGACUUACCCAGUGUCGAUGAAUGGCUGGAUGAACAAAACUUAACGGAUUUUAAGGAACUAUUUCACAAACAUGGCAUUUCAUCCCUGUCCAGUUGUGGCGAUCCCGAUCGCCUACCCGAACUGCCACCCGGUGAUGAACAACGACUGCAACGUGCUGCCAUGCAUUUGCAACAAAAACUUAUUUUACGCGAAUGGUUGAAGGAUCAUCGCCUGCAGCAUCACUAUCAGCGUCUGCUGAAUGUUGAAGUUGCCUCACUGGAAGAUGUCUAUUGGUUGGAGGACUCGAGAGCCAGUAAAAUUUUAGGUAAAGAUUGGCAGGUGUGGUCCCAGGCUCGACAAAAUUUACCCACAUCCAAGGCCCAGCUGGAUGCCCUAAAAGCCCAACUAUGGUCGACGGUGGUCAAGUCCAGUCAACAUCAAGAUGCCUGGACCUGGGGUGGAAUGUUGGUGGUCUCAGUUUCGGUGGCUGGUCUGGUUACUCUGGCCGCCAUGACUCAGCCAUCAUUGGCGCCCGAGGCACGCCACUCGCUGCUGCAAUAUGUCACCGGGAAAUAUUUGCUACCCGCCAAUUGUAAGGUACAAUGGGAUUGGAAGGAUCCAGCUGUUGUGGGUGGCACCAUGUGCUUCGUUGUGCGUUUCUAUCAACGCAACGGCCAGCCUUAUCCCAUCUGUGAUACAGAUCAGUUUUUUGUUGAAGUUACCGAAGGUACCCGCAAAAUGGUAACCAUCAGUGAAUUGGGUUCACCCACAGAUCCCAAUAAUGCCAAUAUAGCCAAAGUUAAGUUUACAGUGCGAACAGCGGGUCAAUAUAAGAUAUCGGUUAUGAUUGGCUCGAGUCACAUUGCGGGAUCACCAUUUACCAAGACCUUUAUACCGGGUCCCAUAGAUGCAAGGCGUUCGAGAUUUAUAAGGCCGGCGAGUACGGUCAUCUGUUGUGCUGGGUCUCCCACACUACUGCACAUUGAGCCGAGAGAUGAGUUCGGCAAUGCCUGUCAGUUUGAUCAGGGUGUGGAUCCGGUUAAGGGUUACCACGUGGAGACCUAUGACCUAAAUGGCCAGCCAUUGGAAAAGCUACGCAAUGCCAUUGCCUUCACCUAUGACAGGGUAAAUGCCCGGGUUGCCGUAACUGCUUUGUUCCCCGAACCCAUAUGUCUACGUGCCGUCAUAAGUUAUCUAGACCAAAAAUUGCCGAAUGGCGAUUUUGAUAUUAUAGUUUUAAGCAGCAGCGACACCACAUUGGUGCAUAAAAAUAUUGCCUCACGCAAGCACAACAUUUGCUAUGAAGCUCGUCUACUGAGCAUAUUUGGCGCUGCCAAAUCCAAGCCACGUAAGGUGCUCUGUUCGGUGGGACCCAAACAAAAUUCUCUAAUAUUCCAGGUCACCAUCAAGGAGAUGAUCUUGAAAUUCAUACCCAAACGCAUUGCCACCUUCCGCUUGUGUCCAUCGACGAAAUUCCAUUUCUUGCCACAACUGCCGACCCAUGUCCAUGGACCGAUUUUUAUUAUCGACGAUGGCGCCCAACCAAAAAUCGAAUUGGCCUCAAGGGAUCGUAAUAUUAUUGCCGCCACCUUUACCCAUUUCCUUUUGAAGAACAUUGGCGGUUCGGAAACGUUUAAGGAUAAACAGGAUUUCUUCUAUCACGAAGUUCGCAAGUUCCAUGCAAACUAUUAUCACGAGAAGUUGUCGCUGAAAGUGCAGCGUGACAAAAUCCUCGAGAGCAGUAUGAAAGCAACGAAACAUUUUUCGGUUUCCGAUUGGUGUGGCAAUUUUGAGGUUACGUUUCAGGGCGAGCAAGGUAUCGAUUGGGGUGGUCUGCGACGUGAAUGGUUCGAGCUCAUUUGCAGUGCCUUGUUCGAUCCACGUGGGGGUUUGUUCUGUACCUUUCACGAUAAACGUCAGGCCUUGGUCCAUCCGAAUCCCCACAGGCCGGCUCAUCUGAAAUUGAAACAUUUCGAAUUCGCUGGAAAAAUUGUGGGCAAAUGUUUGUACGAAAGUGCCUUGGGAGGUACAUACCGCCAGUUGGUAAGGGCCAGAUUUACCCGGUCAUUUCUGGCUCAAUUAAUAGGUUUGAGGGUGCAUUAUAAGUAUUUCGAACAAGACGACCCCGAUUUGUAUUUAUCGAAAAUCAAAUAUAUUUUGGAUACCGAUUUGGAUGCCAGCGAUUCGUUGGAGUUGUAUUUUGUUGAAGACAUCUACGAUGCCAGUGGCCAGUUGACAAAGACAAUUGAAUUGGUGCCGAACGGCUCGAAGGUCAGGGUGACAAAUGCCACUAAAAAUCAAUAUUUGGAUGCUUUGGCCCAACAGCGACUGUGUAAUAGUGUCAAGGAUGAGGUGGAUAGUUUUUUGAAGGGUCUGAAUGGCAUUAUACCCGAUAAUUUGUUAAGUAUUUUCGAUGAAAAUGAAUUGGAGCUCCUUAUGUGUGGCACCGGUGAGUAUUCCAUUGCCGACUUCAAGGCGCAUCACAUAGCCAACGGCAACUCCUCAGAGUUUCGCCGCGUCUUGGCCUGGUUUUGGGCCGGCAUCAGUAAUUUUAGUCAAACCGAAAUGGCACGUCUGCUGCAAUUUACAACCGGCUGUUCCCAGCUGCCACCCGGUGGGUUUCAAGAGCUUAAUCCUCAGUUUCAGAUUACGGCGGCUCCAACAUUUGGUAAUCUACCAACAGCUCAUACGUGUUUCAAUCAACUCUGCUUACCCGAUUAUGAAAGCUAUGAACAAUUUGAAAAGGCCUUGCUGCUGGCCAUUAGCGAGGGCACCGAAGGUUUUGGCAUGGUCUAGAUUAAGAUGUUGUUUCUUUUUUGGUUGGUUUUUUGUGCAAUUUUCUCGAAUGUUUAGAGAAUUGAAAAUGUAUGUCACAAAAAUUUAGCGUUUUGUAUAUGACAAAGUGUGUUCCUUAACAAAAUAAGUUAGUUAAUGUAGCUGUAGCGUAAUGGGGAGCAUUUUCAUGGCAGGUUGUAAAUGUAAGAAGGGGUGAGGGCUGUUUUGAAAUAACCAAACAAAUGGAGAUUUAUUUUUAUAUUAUUUGUAAAGUGAAAGAAAAAAUAGGAUGGGUUAGAAUAGGGGUCAGUUUGAAUCGAAAUUGAAAAAAGUGAAAAAUAAAAAAAUGAAGAUAAAUAACAGAAACUGAGAGAUUUGAAAUAGAAAAGCUCUCUCAAGCAUUUGAAGGUUCU